AUGUUGUGUGAAUGUAGUGAGAAAGUGUUACCACUUUUGUUGCGUUCUGAUUUUGCUCUAGUUGGCUUGAUUGCUAAUCGUACCAACUAUAUCAGCGAGGCAUCUGAUGAACUUGGAUUGAUUAUAAUGCGAAUUGCCAUUAAAAUACCUGUCUUUGUCCUCCAGGAGAUUGUGAAACAGCUUUCGAAAUGUGCAGCAAAUAUUAAAAUCCAUUGUCAUGCUGUUAGGAUCAUAAGCAAUAUUAUUUAUCCGCUAAUCAAGUAUAAUCUUGAGUUUUUUCAGAAAGAAGCAGAUUUUCUUAUACAAAUUGAAAAGGAUGCUUUACAAGAAGAUUAUCUACAAGGGCGAAUGGUUGGAAACCCAUAUAAAAGUAGUGAUCCAGGAUUAGGUCCUCUGAUGCGAGAUAUAAAAAACAAAAUUUGUCGGGACUGUGAAUUGGUUGGACUUCUUGAUGACGAUAAUGGCAUGGAAUUACUCGUUGCUCGUCAAAUUAUAGCACUCGAUUUGAGUGUUGUGGAAGUGUAUGAAAAUUUGUGGCGUGAUCAGCACGGUCCACGGCCGAUGGUCAUCGUUUAUCGAAUGCGUGGAUUGCUAGGAGAUGCUACUGAACCUUUUAUAAAAACUUUUGCAGAUACCAAAGGGAAGGAAUCAGUAAAUUCUGCUCAAUUGAGAUUAGCAUCAGCUAUAGGUGAUAUAAAGAAUAGUUUUGAGACAAUUCUUAUAUCUUUGGAUACUAUAUCACUUAAUUCCGAUGGUAAAGCCUUGUUGAAAGAACUGCAACGACUUGUCGUAUAUUGCAUUAAGGUGGACAAAAAUCGUAGACUUUUGAUUGAAAGUGGUGGUAUUCGUCGGUUUCUUCAUGUUUUUGAGAUGGCAUUUCGCAGUGUCAUAAAAGAUGAAGAGAUUACAACUAUUGCUUUGCAGUUUCUGGAGCUUAGUAAUUCUCUUUUGACAGACGUUCUUGCUAUGGAUUUAGGAGAAAAGUCUCUUGGAGGUGCAAGCUUCGAACAAAUGUCUUGGUUGCUAGAAGUUUCUAUGAACACAGACAAUAAUAUAUCUGGUCCUCUUUGGGAAGCGAUUACUUCGAUUGUUCCCAAUUUAUGUCUGGGAAAUUCUGAGAGUAUGGAAGCUCUCGUUAAAACUUUCAAACCUUGUUGCCAGUGGGACCUUCUUGAUAAAGAUCGCGCGUUCCGUGAUGAAAUGUCAAAGAAAUUGGAUACUUUAUGUAAGAUAACCAGUGCAAUCGAUUCAUCGGCAUCUGGAUGCAUGCUGAAGAAAAAGAUGUUAGAUGCAGGGUUUAUAACUGAUGCAUGUGAUUAUUUACUCUGCAGUCAUCCUCCUCUUUUCAAUGUUUCUGUGGAAGGACCUGAGUGGAAACAUUUUCUAAGCAAACCUUCACUAAAAUAUAUAUUGAAACUGUUUGCUGGUAUGGCGAAUAAUCAUACUCCUUCCCAAGAAACUAUCGCAACCAAAUCAUUGCCAAUUCUUCAUCGAAUGGAACAAAUCGCAUCCACUGAACAUAUUGGCACAUUAGCAGAAAACGUGAUGGAAGAACUAAAACAUAACUCAUCAAUUGCUUCUGAGAUCGAAAAAGUUCGGCAAGAGACAAAAGCAAAAAAGCGCCAGUUAGCUAUGGCUAUGAGACAAAAGCAAUUGUCAAAAAUGGGAAUGGAAGUUGGCAAAAAAGGACUUGUCACUAUCUCUCGAGCUUUGUUAGAUGAAGCGGGAACUUCUGAAAAUGGUUCAAUAUCGUGCUGUAUUUGCCGUGAUGCUUUAGAUGCCAGCGACAAAAUUAUGAUGGUUUACGCUUUCGCCAUUCGCAAAGAGUUGCGAAAUAGUUUGAGUGGUCGAACAUUUGUAUUUUCAACCGUAUCACAUAUGAAUUUCGUACAUAUGGAUUGUCACUGUACAGCCGUAAGGAUAGCAUCUUCGCGUGAUGAGUGGUCUAGUGCAGCGUUACAUAAUGCUAAUACAAAGUGUAACAUAAUUGUGCCAGUGUGGUCGAAAAACAUCAUGGAUUCGGAAAUGGAGAAUGGUCUUAAGAGAUUGUCAAAUGAUAUUGGAUCAGCGGUUGGAUCUACUUUAGUAAAUAUAGAUACGAUUUCUAUUGAUAUAGCCGAAAUAGUGGAUCGUUUUGUGAAUUAUCGAUCCUUUUCGGAGCAUUCACAUGGUGGUGGUCGAGAAUCAAACGUCCAGUAUCUCAUAGUUCUUCUUCUCUUAACCUAUUACUUGAAAAAAGCAUCAAAUCAUGUUAUGGCUAGCCCAGAAUCGCUUGCUCACUGUAUUUGCAAUCAUUUAAUAACGGCCACGCUGAAUUCCUGGAAUGAAUGUCGUUUUACUCUACUCAAAGAAAUUGCAGACACCAAAAAAAACUGGGCUGAAGCAAAGCAAUUUUUUCUCAUGUGGGCUUUCGUUGAUUACUUUCAAAACAAUUUAUUAAGUGUAAGUGUUUAA